UUGGCCCUUAGGAAGCCAGAAGCAAACAGUGGCCGUGAAGAUAAGGAGGCUUGGAUUCGGGCUAAAUAUGAACGCAAGGAAUUUCUUCCUCCUCUACCAUAUCCAGACGCUCCUUUGCAGCAACAACUUAUAGACGCGAUUGCUCGCCAAGACACUCGGCAAGUAGUUCUUUGCCUGGCCAGUGCUACAUCACCUGAUGCUGUUAACGCAGCCUAUUCACCACUGGACCCCCGUGCAGCUAUUCAUAUUGCCGCCACUCUCGGGAACCUUGUAUAUCUACAAUUGCUGCUCUGGUUAUUUUUACCUUAG